AUGGCACUGCCCGAAAACGUUCGCCUUUACAAUCCAUACAUGAAGACUUUAGUAGAACCUGGUGAAGAGAUCGUUAUAUCGGGUAUUUCUGGGAGAUUUCCAGAGUCUGACAAUUUAAAUCAAUUUCGCGAUAAUCUUAUGAAUAAACGUGAUCUAAUAACAGAUGAUAAUCGUCGUUGGACAUUAGAUCACCCGGAAAUCCCCCAACGAACUGGAAAAAUCAAUAACAUUAAUAAGUUCGAUGCAGAUUAUUUCGAUUACGACUUCAAACAAAGCCACACCAUGGAUCCCAUGGGGAGAAUGUUGCUGGAGCAUACUUAUGAAGCUAUCGUUGAUGCUGGAAUCAACCCCAAGCAGUUGAAAGACACUAAAACUGGUGUAUUCGUGGGCGCCUGCUUUUCAGAGUCUGAAAUCAUUUGGGUCUACCAAAAACCUCAGGGAGACGGCUAUGGCAUCCCGGGAUGCUGCAGAGGUCUUCUGGCAAAUCGCCUGUCCCAGUGGCUGGGCAUAAAAGGACCAAGUUACACCGUCGACUCUGCCUGCAGUUCGAGUCUUCUUGCCAUGGAGCAUGCAUAUAGAGCAAUCAGUACUGGUGUAUGUGAUAAUGCUCUCGUUGCUGGUGCCAAUCUCUGUCUUCAACCUAUAGUGUCAUUUCAGUUCGCACGUUUAGGUGUCUUGUCACGUGAUGGUCGAUCGAAAGCAUUUGAUAACAGUGCAAACGGUUAUGCAAGGGCUGAGACAAUCAGUGUAGUUUUUCUUCAGAAAGCCAAAAAUGCGAAAAGGAUCUAUGCGACAGUCGUCCAUGGGAAAUCCAACUGCGACGGAUUCAAACCUCAAGGAAUCACAUUCCCAUCAAGUGAUAUUCAGGGUGUACUUUUGAAAGAGUUUUAUGAAGAGUGUAAGGUACCAACAUCUUCAUUAGCAUACGUUGAAGCACACGGUACUGGAACAACUGUCGGCGACCCCGAAGAGCUGGAUGCAAUAGAAGCGGUCUUCUGCCCCGGAAGAGAAGAGCCACUGAUGAUUGGCUCCGUCAAAUCGAACAUUGGGCAUGCUGAGCCAGCGAGUGGAAUGGGUCAAAUUGCUAAAGUUGUUAUUGCCUAUGAAACUGGUGUCAUUCCACCAAAUUUGCACUACAAAACGCCACGUGAGGGGGUCAAAGGUCUUAUAGAUGGAAAAAUGAAAGUUGUAACUGAACCAACACCAUGGAAUGGUGGCUAUGUUGGUAUCAGUUCGUUUGGCUUUGGUGGUGGUAAUGCUCAUAUCCUUCUCAAGUCCAAUCCUAAGAAGAAGAUCAAUAGUGGAGCACCUCAGGAUGAGCUUCCCAGACUCGUUGUUGCUUCCGGUAGGACUGAGGAGGCUGUUGAUUCUAUCUUAUCAGAUGUUGAAAGUCGCCCAGUAGACGUAGAAUAUAUCCGCCUGCUUCAUGAUCUCCACGUAGAUAAUUUCCCGGGCCACUCCUAUCGAGGCUAUACGAUCGCGGGUAUCACAAACGCCACGAAGAAACUGCGAGAAAUCGAACGCUACUUAGGAGCCAAGCGACCAGUCUGCUUCGUCUUCUCAGGAAUGGGUUGUCAGUGGCCAGAAAUGGGGACCACUCUCCUUCACUUUCCAGUCUUCGCAAAUGCCAUGAAGAAAUGUGAUAUAGCUCUCAGGCCGUUUGGUGUGGAUAUCUACGAUAUUCUGACCAAUCCCGAUGAAUCGAUCUUCGCGAAAUCCUCAAAUUCAAUGGUUGGACUAACUGCAAUUCAAAUUGGUUUAGUCGAUCUCCUAACAUCCUUAGGAAUAGCCCCUGAUUUAAUUAUUGGACAUUCGCUCGGAGAACUGGGAUGUGCAUACGCAGAUGGCUCUUUGACACCAGAGCAAACGGUUCUGGCAGCAUAUUCAUUUGGUCUUGUUUUAUCAGAUCUCAAUAAAAUUAAAUGUUCAAUGGCUACAGUCAACCUCAGUUCAAAAGAUCUCGAAAAACUCUGCCCACCAGAAAUCGAAGUAGUCUGGCAUAAUAGCCAUGAAAGCUCAAGCAUAAGUGGUCCAAGAGAAUCAAUGAAAUCUUUCUUAACUAGACUCACAGCGGCAAACAUUUCUGUUCAAGAAAUUUCGUGCGGUACAGUUGCUCAUCACAACAGAUACAUGGCGGAUAUUGGACCCAAGCUCUUUGCACUGCUCAAGGAAGUGAUCCCAGAGCCUAAACCCAGGAGUUCUAAAUGGCUCAGUACAUCUGUACCUGAAUCUCAGUGGAACUCACCUCAGGCAAAACUGUCCUCGGCUGAAUAUCAAACCAACAAUUUUCUGUCGCCUGUCCGUUUCGCAGAGACAUGUGCACUCAUUCCCAAAGAUGCUGUUAUGAUUGAAAUUGCGGCCUCUGGACUUCUCCAAAAUAUUCUAAAGGAAUCUCUCAAUCCUGAAGGGGUCAAUAUUCCUCUCAUGCAAAGUCACCAUGAGGACAAUAUUGAAGUCUUUCUUCAGGCUAUUGGAAAACUUUAUGAAGUUGGUUUACAGCCGAUAAUCAGCAAUUUGUAUCCUGAGGUCAAGUUUCCAGUUUCUAGGGGAACUCCCAUGAUAUCUCCUCUCAUCAAGUGGGAUCACUCUGAAGACUGGUAUGUACUGUCCUACCACCAGCAGAAUAGAAUCACCUCUGGAGAGCGAAUGAUCGAGGUGUCACUUAAUGAUGAACUCUACGAUUAUAUGGAUGGACAUAUCAUUGAUGGGAGGAAUCUUUUGCCUGCUACCGGGUACUUAGCACUCAUUUGGGAGAGUGUGGCACUGCGGAGAGGGCUUCUGUGUACAGAGGUACCAAUUGUUUUUGAGAAUGUUAAUUUCUUGAGAGCUACUACACUUUCGAAAGAACCGGUGAAGAUUAUUCUUAUGCUCCAAAAAGGAACUGGGAGAUUCGAAGUAAUAGAGGGUGGUGUAGCAGUGGUAACUGGAGUUGUUCGUGACACAGCAAAUGCCCAAUCAGAACAGAUAAAGUUCUCAAUUCCGAACGAUGAUCGGCCUGAAGAAAUUACCACGAAAGACGUAUACAAGGAAUUUAGAUUACGUGGAUAUCAGUACUCUGGGGUAUUCAGAGCUAUUGAAAGCGCUACUACGGACGGCACGAAGGGGACAAUUCGUUGGAAUGCCAAUUGGGUAGCUUUCAUGGACAACAUGCUGCAGAUGAGUCUCUUGGGGCUUGAUUAUAGGGGUCUCUUUGUACCUACGAGAAUUCAGAAACUGGUGAUUGAUACUAAAGAACAUUCUCGGUUAAUUCGGGAUAUGCCAUCCGACAAACAAGAAUUCAAAGUUUACGUCUGCAAAAAAAAUGACUUAAUUGUUUCUGGGGGAAUUCAAAUACGUGGAUUGCACGCGAGUCCAAUAUCACGAAGGAAGCCAGCAGGGGAGCCCGUUCUAGAGACUUAUGAAUUUGUCGCUCACAAAGAUCAUGCAGAAAUCACCCUCAAAGAAGCUAUUCACUUGGCAAUCCAUCUCGCCCUUGAGAACCACACCAGCAUCAAAGUAAAAACGUUAGAGUCCCUGGAAACGGGGAAGAAGUAUCCUCCUGACGAGCUUAUCUCUUUUCACAUAGCACAGACUCUAGCAGACCUGCCGAUGAUCCAAGCAGAAGUGAAUUUAGUGACACCAGAAAAUCCAUUUGAAGAAGAAAAAUUAGCCGAAAACCUCCAAAUCAUAGAGCCCAAGAAAUUGAGUCCGGAAACCAAUGCUCUGUUGUUAGCUGGUCGCGAUCUUCUGGCGGCUCAAAAAAGUGGAACGUUGAGCCACCUCCUAUCAGCCUUGAGAGAUGGCGCUUUUAUUCUUACGCUUGAGUCCUCACCUCCAGAAGACGUUGAACUAUCAACCAAGAAACACGGGCUCCAUAUUGUUUUUGAAAAAUUCAUUGAUGGCUCUCGAUUCUUGCUUCUUCGAAAAAUCGAUAAACCACCGAAGAAUACGAUCAUUAUUCAGGUGAACAAUGAAGAGUUUACCUGGAUUGACAGGCUAAAAACAGCGCAGAAGACAGAAUCUGAGUGUAAAAUCGCAGGAUCAUCAAGAAUUUUCCUGAUAAGUGAUAAAACAUUCGAAAAUGGCCUUUUGGGUCUUGUUAAUUGUCUUCGAAGGGAGUCUGGUGGGGAGAUAAUUCGAGGGGUAUUAAUUCAAGAUCCACAAGCUCCAGACUUCUCACUUUUGGAACCUCUGUAUGCGGACCAAUUGAUACUAGAUCUUGCAGUAAAUGUCUUGAGACCAGAAUCCACCUGGGGAUCAUACAGACAUUUUCCUCUUCCGCCCCUCACACAACGACCGGUUCAUCAUGCGUGGGCAAAUCAACUGGUAAAAGGCGAUCUUACUUCAUUUCGGUGGAUGGAAGGACCAAUUGCGCCAGACUCCAAAGAUUCAAACUUCGUUAGAGUGGUUUACUCAUCAAUAAACUUUAAGGACAUCAUGCUGGCUACUGGGAAACUUACUGCAGAAAUUUUUGCCAAGUCUAGGAUAGAAACGGAGAGCCUUAUUGGAUUUGAGUAUGCUGGCAUCACGGCGAGUGGUUCGAGAAUUAUGGGUAUCUCGAGUUUUCCUGCUAUAACAAAUAUUCGAACUCACGAUUCAAAGGUUACCUGGCCUGUACCCGAUUCUUGGACUCUGGAAGAGGCAGCUACCGUACCAUGUGUAUAUGCUACGUGUUGUUAUGCUCUUUAUAUACGUGGGAAAAUUGAGCAAGGAAAUAAAAUUUUAAUUCAUGCUGGAUCUGGUGGCAUUGGACAGGCAGCUAUUAUUCUUGCUCUUUGGACUGGAUGUGAAAUUUUUACGACUGUUGGUACUCCGGAGAAGAGAUCAUUCAUUCGGAAGACAUUCCCCCAGAUCCCUGAUGAUCAUAUUGGUAAUUCUAGAGACACCAGUUUUGAACAGUGGAUAAUGGAUAAGACUCAUGGGAAGGGAGUUGAUAUUGUGCUCAAUUCACUUGCUGAUGAUAAACUUCAGGCUUCAAUUAGGUGUCUAGCUGAGGGGGGAAAGUUUUUGGAGAUUGGGAAAUUUGAUAUGGUUAACAAUAGUUCUCUAGGAAUUUCUGCUUUUUCGAACGGAAUUAGUUUCUAUGCAAUAUUGGUGGAUAAAAUGUUCCAUAGUUCAGAGGAGACAAGAGAUGAACUACAUGGACUGAUGCUGAGGUUGCUCGAUGUGGGUGCUAUCAAGCCACUCAAUUUUACUAUCUUCUCCAGGGAUGAAAUUGAACCUGCCUUCAGGUACAUGGCUUCUGGAAAACAUAUUGGAAAGAUCAUCUUAAAAAUUCAAGAUGAGAAUAGUUUGGGGGCUCAAAUUCCAGCUCUUCCACGCUACUACUGCCGGAACGAUCGGUCCUACAUAAUUCUAGGAGGUCUCGGAGGUUUUGGUCUGGAACUAGCCGACUGGUUAAUCCUGCGAGGUGCUAAGUACGUGAUCCUCACAUCCCGUUCAGGCAUAAAGAAUGGUUACCAAUGCUUGCGAAUUAAGAUGUGGGAGAGUUACAAUGUCAAGGUCACCGUUGUCACCGGAAAAGAGGCAUCAGAUCCAAAGGAUUGCAAAGACAUCCUUUCAAUAGCAUCGCAACAAGCUCCAGUGGAUGCAAUUUUCAAUCUCGCAGUAGUCCUCAAGGAUAGCCUAUUCGAAAAUCAAACGACGGAUACAUUUGCAGAGUCCUUCAAGGCCAAAGCCUGGAGUACGAGCAAUCUUGACAAAUUCUCUAGAAAAUUGUGCCCGAAACUACGUCAUUUCGUUGUAUUCUCUUCGGUCUCUUGCGGACGUGGUAAUGCGGGGCAAACAAACUAUGGAAUGUCGAACUCAGUUAUGGAGAGAAUUUGUGAAAGACGAUCUGCUGAAGGACUUCCAGCACUCGCUAUCCAAUGGGGAGCCAUUGGGGACGUUGGCCUUGUUGCAGACAUGCAGGAUAACGACAAAGAGCUUGUCAUUGGAGGAACUCUUCAGCAGCGGAUAACAUCCUGUCUUCAUGAACUCGAUCGAUUCCUCAAUCAGAGCUCUCCAAUUGUUGCAAGCAUGGUAGUUGCUGAAAAAAAAGCUGGGGUUUGUGGUUCCCUCGAUAUUGUUGACACUGUACUUAAUAUCAUGGGCCUCAAGGACUUAAAGUCAGUAGGGGUACAUACACCACUAGCUGAACUUGGAAUGGACUCGAUGAUGGCAGUGGAGAUAAAACAAACUUUCGAGCGUGAGUUCGAGAUAUUUUUGACUCCUCAGGACAUUCGUGACCUCAACUUUGCCAAGUUGAUUGAAAUGAAUUCGAAGAAUGCUGAUCAGAAGAAAAAUGAUGGGAAUAUCACUGCAGAAGAAGUACUCAUAGGAAUACAACUACUAGUUAACUUGAUAGGGAAUAAUGAAACGAUAAAUCAAGUGUGUUUGGAACUGCCUACCAAAGCACGGAGUGGGAGAGCAGAAGUGUUCCUGAUUCCAGGACUUGAGGGUUGUGGUGAUGUGUUCAAGAAUUUAGCUGAAAAUAUUGAAACUCCUGCUACUUGUCUACAGUUCGCUAGUAAGGACACACGGUAUCUUUCUAUCGAGGAAAUAGCUUUGAAGUUGAAGCCGCACAUUGUCCAGAGAAAUUUGGCUCGAAAGGACUUCAUCUUCGUUGGUUACUCAUUCGGAUCGCUCGUUGCUAUCGAGCUAGCGAGAUUAUUAGAGGCUGAUGGUUUCACUGGUAAACUGAUCCUCAUCGAUGGUUCUGUCGAGUGGCUGAAGGGGGUCAAAAACCAGCAAAUGCCAACAAAAAAUAACGAUGAACUCGAAACCAAUAUUCUAGUUAGCAUAGUUGAUACUGUUGCACCCAUAUUCAGUGGAAAACUGUCGAUGGAGUUCAAGAAGUGUAAAUCUUGGGAGGAAAAAUUGGAUGUAUUGAUGGAUCACUUCCCAGCGAAUAAUCUAGGAUUGUCUGUCGAGAAUCGUAGGAAUAUGUGCACAUGUAUUUACCAUCGUUUUUUGGCACUGGAUAAUUAUGACACUUCUAAUUUACCACCUAUUCAAUCAUCAAUCAUUCUUUUGAAGUCGACACUCAGUACUUUGAAGUCACUCCCUGAGGAUUAUGGACUCAGCAAGGUCACAAAAGGAAACGUAGAAGCCUAUUCAAUCGAGGGAAAUCACCUAACGAUACUCGACAAUCCAAAAGUAGCAAGAGUAAUCAAUGGAAAUUGUCUUAAAGUCUUACAAACGGACAAACUCAGUAUCAUGAAGAGUGAGAAGAUAAUCACACCAAUAUCCGAAUCGAAUCACGUUAAAUCAUUCAGUUAAUUGAAUGAAAAACCCGUUGGCUCACUGUCUAAAUAACAUGAUAAAAAUCAUUGGCGAAGUUAUUUAAUCGUAAUACCAAGCAUUUACCUCAAUUCUACCCUUCAUAGUAAUAGUCCUGU